AUGCGCGGUGUAGAAAUUGGAGCAUGGGCGCAUGUUAACACACCCCGAGUGCAACCAUACCAAGAAAUGCAAGUGUGGGACGGCGUCACCGACGCGCGAAUAUCCUUCGAUUGGCACACAGCGAAACCUCUCCUCACGCCUCGCAACCCGUCUCAGCCUACAACAAUCGCCUACAUGAUCGAAAACGUCAACACGGUCACCGCUCUACUAAGCCGGCUCGAACAACUGGGUGGUGUCGAUUUCUACACAUCUACAAAGGUCAACUCGAUAGAUCUGGGUACGGAUACAGACAAGAUGGACUUCUCGUCGUGGCCAAUCCUCACGCUGUCCAAUGGGAAGACACUGGCUGCUAGGCUAUUGGUUGGGGCCGACGGUGCGAACAGCCCCGUACGGACAUUUGCAGACAUUGAGUCACGAGGCUUCGACUAUAGCAGAAAUGGUGUGGUUGCUAGUCUGAAGCUCGAGGGGCAAGGUUGGGGCGGUCCAGACCACAAGAUUGCAUACCAGCGGUUCUUGCCAACAGGCCCAAUCGCUAUGCUGCCACUUCCAGGCAACAUGUCGACACUCGUAUGGAGUACCACGCCGGAACGUGCUGCGAAGCUCAAAGCACUAUCACAGGCCGAUUUCGUCGCAAUGGUCAAUGCGGGUUUCCGACUUUCGCCAACAGACCUGGAGUAUCUACACACCCUCUCAUCCGGACAGGCAGAGGAGGUAGCAUGGCGAGAGAAGCAUACGCCCGUCGACGAACACGCGAUACCGAUGCGAGUAGCACACGUGCAAGACGGCACAGUCGCGUCCUUCCCACUUCGAAUGCGACACGCCGAUACCUACACUGGUGAACGAGUCGCACUGGUUGGUGACGCCGCGCACACGAUACAUCCACUGGCAGGUCAAGGUCUCAACCAAGGCCAAGGUGAUGCUGCAGCGCUUGUACGGACGAUAUCACAUGCAGUGCAGACCGGACAAGACAUCGGAUCGACAUUGGCGUUGGAGAGCUAUACCAGUGAACGCGUCGAAUCGGGUCCACUCGUAGGGCUACGAAGUCUCGGAUUGAGAGCAGUCGAUGCAAUGGGCCCGUUGAAGGGUUUCUUCAUGAGCCGGGCUGCCGGCGGAUCGUAG